AUCACAUAUUUUACCAGUUUGUGUAAUAGAAUUACAUCCCCCCCCUUUAAAAAAAGGGAUUCAAGGCAGUUAGGGUGACCAGAUGUCCUAAUUGUAAAGGAGGACAAGGCACCACAAAAUAUUCAACAAAAACCUAGCACAUUCUUCCUGGCCAAAAGGCUGAAAAAAGGCCUGUCAAGGGAAAAUAGACCAUUUGGUCGCACUGGAGGCAUAUAAUAAUAAACUGUUAAAACAAAAACAUAAUUUAUUCUUAAUUACAACUUUUACCCCAAGAUUCGUCAAAUUUGGUGCUGAAACUUUUUUUUGGGAGAGGUUGCUUUCUUUUCAGGUUAAGUGAGGGAAAGAGGCAAGUAUGAGGCUGAGGGGACAGAAGUGAGGGAAGCAAGCCAUUCCUCGCCAGGCCUCAGCCUUGUUUUUGAAAUUACAUAUUGAAAACAUAGGACUGCUUCCAUCACAAUGAAAUCUAUGGAAGAUCAAGUUGUACAGGAAGAUCUAGGAUACCAGGAUGAUGAGGAAUCCUUUUUCCAGGACAUUGAUCUGUUACAGAAACAUGGAAUUAAUGUGGCUGAUAUUAAAAAGUUAAAAUCGGUGGGAAUUUGUACAAUCAAAGGGAUUCAGAUGACAACAAGACGAGCACUAUGCAAUGUGAAGGGACUUUCAGAGGCCAAAGUGGAGAAGAUAAAAGAGGCUGCCAACAAGCUUAUAGAACCAGGAUUUUUAACUGCUUUUGAGUACAGUGAGAAGCGGAAGAUGGUAUUCCAUAUUACCACUGGAAGCCAGGAAUUUGAUAAACUCCUGGGUGGUGGGAUUGAAAGCAUGGCAAUCACAGAAGCCUUUGGAGAAUUCCGAACAGGCAAAACUCAGCUCGCCCAUACUCUAUGUGUCUCAGCCCAGCUUCCAGGACCUGAUGGCUAUACCGGUGGGAAGAUUAUUUUCAUUGACACAGAAAACACUUUUCGUCCAGACCGUCUUCGUGACAUCGCUGAUCGCUUCAAUGCAGACCAUGAUGCAGUUCUUGACAAUGUCUUGUAUGCACGGGCAUAUACUAGUGAGCAUCAGAUGGAACUGCUAGACUACGUUGCCGCCAAAUUCCAUGAAGAACCUGGCAUCUUCAAACUGUUGAUCAUAGAUUCCAUUAUGGCCCUGUUCCGUGUGGACUUCACUGGUCGUGGAGAACUGGCUGAAAGGCAACAGAAACUUGCUCAGAUGCUAUCGAGGCUGCAGAAAAUAUCAGAAGAAUAUAAUGUGGCUGUGUUUAUGACAAACCAGAUGACUGCUGACCCAGGAGCAACUAUGACUUUUCAGGCAGACCCCAAGAAGCCAAUUGGGGGCCACAUCCUUGCUCAUGCUUCUACAACAAGGAUUAGCUUGCGUAAAGGAAGGGGAGAGCUGCGUAUUGCCAAAAUAUAUGAUAGUCCUGAAAUGCCUGAAAAUGAAGCCACGUUUGCCAUAACUGCUGGAGGAAUUGGAGACGCCAAAGAGUAGCCAGACCUUGGUGUUGAACAGCUGAGGCACUUCCAUUGCUUCAGCCUUCUUUCAGUUCCUUAUGUUCACUGUAUCAAAUUCAGACCCUUCUGAAUUUCAUUUUUUUCAAACCAAUAUAAGGACACCCCUGUUUAUGUUUGCAGUUUUACUAUGUUUGUGUGUAAGGUAGAAAAUGAACAGCCUGGAAUGUUACCAAAAUGAACUUAUAUUAGUUGACCACCAUUUUAAGAACUGUACUUGAUACUUGUACUGUAGUUUCCAGGCAAACCAGAGUGUUAUGGGAAAAUGGAAAUCGUUUCUGUGGGAGGAACAGUAAUUCUUAGUAAAGUUUUUUAAAUUGCAUGAGACUUGACAGAUUUCUUUCACUGAAAAUGGAAUGUAUUUCUGCUUUUAAUAAAUAAUACGUUGCCACA